UGAACAAUUAAAUAGAUGUAAUUGAUUAAGUGGACCUAGUGUAACUUUUUAUUUAGAUAAAAAUUGUAAUUCUCUUUUAUAAAAAAUAUUAUACGAUAAAUGUAAAUAACUAAAGUCUGAAGAAGUGACCUAGGGAAUUCAUGAGAACAAUAAAUUCUUAUUCGUUACUUAAUAUUUACAGCAUUUAUAAAAAAUAUUUGUUACGUAUUUAUUUUUUGCUAUUCCUUUCAUUUUAAGGAACUAGAUUAAAAAUAUUCCUUACGAAAAUAGGCAAAAAUAACUAUUUGUUUUAACCUUUUUUGUAUUUUGUUCGCAUUCAUUGUUUUGUUUUAUUUUGUUCGCAUUCAUUGUUUUUCUUUAUUCUAUUAUCAUUUUAAUGGUCACCAAUUAAAACCGUAAAUAAACACUUAAAUUAUAUGGCUUGUAUUCCAUCAGGUGACUCUCUAAUAUUUUCAUAUAUAAAUAUAAGUUUUCUGAUACUAAUUUUAUUUCAAUCUUUGGAGUUAUAGGCUAGUAUAUGUGUGAAUAAUGAAAAUGAAUGCCAAGUACUUUAAACAUUUCGACACACAGUCUCAUGCUUGCCUGCAAUUAGUUUGUAUUGUUGGUUUAAUUUUUUUGUUGGUAUGUAAAUUAAAAUGUUAUAUUCUUCUAACUCAAAGUUUGAGAUAUAAACCUGAGGGUUUUACCUAGAAGUUAUAACAUAGAAAUGAAUUCGAAAUCUAUAAACUGUAGUGCAUGUAUUUGGAAGAAAAUCGAUAACCAUAAGCAAAUUCUCCACAUUUGUUCAUAAAAAAACAUAACUAUAUCAAAAAAAUUAAAAAAAAACCUAAAAGUCUUAAUAUUACAUAAAUAUGAAAUCCAGAAAUACUAGUAUAUUCAUAAAAUAAAAAAUCUGUAAGAAUAUUUUGAUAAAAGAAAAUCUGUAAGAAGAUUUUGAUAAAAGAAAAUCUGAAAGAAGAUAUGAUGUUUAAAAAAAAAAACAUUUCUAUAAGCAGGAAGAAGUAUAACAAUUGUCUUCUCUAUAAAAUGGAGUCGCACAACAACAAAGUUAAAUAAGUGGGCGUAAAAGCGAAAACAAAAGUCAUAGUUUUUCUUUAUUUUUUUUUGUUAAUUUGCCCCCACUAGUCUUCGUUCUUCAAUCCCCAAUACUCUCUCCAAUCCAUCUUCAUCGCCAAAAAUCCCCCCAAAAGAACCUCAGAUUAGGGUUUCUCCUUCACUGAUUGAUCCGUGAAUACUACUCAUACCUAUUUCGAAUUCCUGAGUAUUCAUGGAGAAUCAGCAGAAGCAUCAGCUUCAGCAAGUUCGUGGCGACGAGAGUUCCGUCAAGGGCGUCGUCGAUCGUGUGAGAGUUGAUCAGUGCGGGGAGAUCGGCGCGUCUCAAGCUCCAUCUGUACCCGCCCCGACGGUUGCCGGAGUUGUUGAUGAAGCUGCUCCUGUGAAGCGGAAACGUGGCCGGCCUCCGAGGGCGCAUGGUAAGACCGUGUCUCAAACGCGCCCGCCGCCACCGCCCCGGAAGGACGAGAAGGAAGAAGACGUCUGCUUCAUUUGCUUCGACGGCGGAGACCUUGUUCUCUGUGAUCGCCGGAAUUGCCCCAAGGCAUACCAUCCAGCUUGUAUUAAGAGAGAUGAGGCAUUCUUUCGAACAGCUGCUAAAUGGAAUUGUGGUUGGCACAUAUGCGGUACAUGCCAGAAAGGUUCCAGUUACAUGUGUUAUACAUGCACUUUUUCUGUUUGUAAGCGGUGCAUUAAAGAUGCCGACUAUGUGAUUGUGAGAGGUAACAUGGGUCUUUGUGGCACAUGUAUUAAGCCUAUAAUGUUGAUCGAGAAUAUUUCUCAAGGAGAUAAUGAAGCGGUUAAGGUGGAUUUUGAUGACAAGCUCAGUUGGGAGUAUCUGUUCAAGGUAUAUUGGCUUUGCCUGAAGGAAGAGCUGUCUCUAACUGUCGAAGAGCUUACUAGAGCAAAUAAUCCUUGGAAGGAGGUUCCUUAUACUGUCCCUAAAGUGGAGUCACGAAAUAUUCAUACCCUUAGCAAAGCUUGUUCUUCAGGCAAUUCAGAUUCAGAUGUAGUAGCGAAUGGAACAAAAAGAAAAAGGACUAGUGAUUCCCCCACCGUACCCAGCAAGUUAGAUUCUAAAAUUCCAAGUAAUAUCCCAAAGAAGCUUCCUGGAGAUACAAACUGGGCAACAAAAGAACUCCUCGAGUUUUUGUCGGUCAUGAGAAAUGGCGAUACAUCGGUUCUUUCUCAGUUCGAUGUGCAGGGUCUUCUGCUUGACUAUAUCAAGAAAAAAAAUCUUAGGGAUCCUAAUCAGAAGUCUCAAGUUGUCUGUGACCAAAUGCUUGUGAAGUUGUUUGGGAGACAGCGAGUGGGUCACUUUGAAAUGCUUAAGCUUCUCGAGUCUCACUUCCUUAUUCAAGAGAAACCGAAAGAGGAGAAACCCAAGAAUGGGGAAAGUAGUCAUGCUGUUCGUAGCCAAAUAGAGGAGGAUAGUGCUUAUGAUCCGGUGGUUAGGGAUAGAAAACGGAAGAUGCGUAGGAAAACUGAUGGCGGUGUACAAAACGAAAAUCUGGAUGCAUAUGCAGCGAUUGAUGUUCACAAUAUCAACCUGAUUUAUUUGAGACGUAAAUUUAUAGAGACUCUACUUGAUGAUAUCAACAAAGUUCACGAAAAGGUGGUAGGCACAAUUUUGAGAAUUAAGGUAUCUGGCAGCGACCAGAAGCUGGAUAUUUACAGGCUCGUUCAAGUUGUAGGUACAAGCAAGGCAUCAGCAUCCUACCAACUUGGCACAAAGACUACUGAUGUUAUGCUAGAAAUACUAAAUUUAGACAAGAGAGAAGUCAUCUCGAUUGAUCAAUUAUCAGACCAGAAUGUCACAGAGGACGAGUGCAAACGGCUACGCCAGAGCAUAAAAUGUGGCCUCAAUAAACGUUUGACUGUGGGUGACAUCUUGAAGACUGCAGCAACGCUGCAAGUUAUGAGAGUCAAUGAGGUUCUGGAAGCUGAUAUGUUAAAGUUAGGGCAUCUCCGUGAUCGGGCUAGUGAGCAGGGUCGUAAAAAGGAGCUUAGAGAAUGUGUAGAAAAGCUAGGGCGUCUAGAAUCACCUGAGGAACGCCAGCGGCUUCUGCAGGAAGUCCCAGAAGUUCAUACAGAUCCAAGCAUGGAUCCGAGUCAUCCAUCAGCAGAAGAUGCAGUGUUGGGUAUGAGGAAACCAGAUAAACACAUAGAGGUACAAAGUAAAAGUCCGAAGAAAAAAAGGGAUAUCCUGAACAACUUGGGAAAUAAUCCGCAGAAAAAAUAUGAUGCUCCAGUUUUGCGAAGCAGAAAAGCCAUGCAUGCCACUAAUAAAGAAGAGUGUUCUAAGGUCGACAACAACUCAGCAGAUAUCCAGCAAACUGGUAAAGAUGAUGAGGAGAGUGAAAUAUGGCAUUAUCGAGAUCCAGCAGGAAAGACCCAGGGACCAUUUUCUAUGGUGCAGCUCCGCAAAUGGAAAUCUUGUGGCCAUUUUCCUCCUUAUCUUAGGAUAUGGAAAGAGCAUGAGAACCAAGACGAGUCUGUACUUCUAACUGACGCUCUUGCAGGACGGUUUGAUAAAGCAACUACUUUGCCAAGUUCAUCGUUUCAUCCCCAAGAACUAAAACCGUCUCCGCACCACUCUGGACGCACUGGCGUUGAUGUGAACUGUCUUCAGAAGAACCUGAAGCCAGUCAGCACCAGUUCAACCUCUUCUUCUUCCUCUAUUGUCAAUGCCCUUCCUAACGAUCCGAAAGAAAAACAAGUUGCGACUCUUGUACCUUGCUCUGGAAAAGUUGAGGAUGGUAUUUCUGUUCGUCCCCAGCCUCAAGUUAGCUGUCCAGCAUCAAUGUCUGUGAUUCCAGGACAUGUAAUUACUCCUGACGUAAGAGAAAAUUCAGGAACUGAUCAAUCUAGUGCUGUGCGGCCAGAUGGUAAGACUCUAGAAGAUGGAGCAAAUAGUGGUUCUGUUUCCAUAAACGGUUCUGUUCAUGCACCAAACCUGAAUCAAAAAAUCCAUUUCCGUGAUUUCCCUAGUCCUACACCUAAGUCGAGCCCUGAAGACUUGGAGGCUCAAGCGGCAGAGACUAUUCAGUCUCUGUCUUCAUGUGUUCUGGUCAAAGGACCAUCUGGGGUCACAUGGAGCACCACCGCCACAACUACCGUCGAUGCUCCUACCACCACCACCACCACUUCAAGUGUUGUGGUCACUGGAGGACAGCUUCCUCAAGUAACUCAGCAGAGUGCUGUUGAUUUAGCUGCACCGUCUGUGAAGCAUAUUGAUUUGGCAGCUGAUCAUGCCACAGCUACUCACACUUCCAACAACACCCACGUGGCUCACUCAUCUGGGUGGCCGGCCAUUGUGGCCGACCCUGACGAGUGUGAUGAAUCAGUUUCAGAUCUAUUAGCUGAAGUUGAAGCAAUGGAGCAGAACGGUUUGCCCUCUUCACCCACCUCAACAUUUCACUGUGAUGACGACGAUGAUUUGAUGAAAGGGCCAGAGAAAGAUUUCUUUAACCCUGUGCUACGCAUGUUCCUCACACAUGAAACAUGCAGAAUGGAUGUCUCUCAGCCGAGUUUUCUUGACUACGUCUCCGCCGGCAAAAGCUCAACCGGUACAGAAGCACAAGACAACACUCACUUCAGCCACUGUGGAACCGCUGGUCCGGAGCUCCUGCUUGCACCACCAGCGCCAGCUUCAACAAGUCAGGACCUGACUCUGACGACAACAGCUCUCAGACUGGGAUCAGAAACCACAGUUGAAGCUGGGUUGGUCGAGAGGCCUCCCAAGUAUGCUUCGGGAGUUGGUUUGGAAUCGAGCCUUAGGUCACCAUCAUCACAUGACCCAGCUCGUGGAAACACUGAGCGCAGUCCACGUGGUAAUGGAAGUCAGCAAAGGAGAUCCGGUGGUCACAGCAGAGACCGGCAAUGGUGGAACAAUGGUCACAACAAUAGUCUCAACAACAGUCAUAAUAAUAAUCGGCAAUGGCCAUACAGCAGUAGCCAUGGGUAUGACCAUGGAUCAGGUUCGUAUACAGCUCAUCCGCCCAAAGGGCUAAAAAUAUGUAAAUUCUAUGAGAGUGGAUACUGUAAAAAGGGUGCUGCUUGUAGUUUUUGGCACCCCUGAUUCUCAUUUCUUGUAUUAUGUAUCCAUUUGUUUAUUUACACAACCUCGAACAUCCUUUUUUGUAACACCAAAGUUUCUGUAUCCCAUCAGCCGCAUGUUUUUAAGUAAUUAUCAAAGCUUCUUAUAAAACUAAGUUUUAUCUAA